GGAGCAGUCAGAGGAAUACAGGUCGUCUGAGUCAGGUGUUCUCAGAUUUGAGAAGAUGAGUGAUUUGGAGAAAGAGGAGGACAGAUCAGAGUCUCCAGUGUCCAGCUGUCUGUCUUUGAAGAGUGACCAAUCCAGAGAUUUCCCUCCAUUCUUCAGUAAUGAACCUGGACCCUCAGACACAAACAGAGGGGGCAGGACGAGGUCUAAAGAAUGUGUUCAUCUCCACGGAGAGAAGAAGAAGAGGAGUCGUGUUUCUGGGGAGGAGCAGCUGUCUUGCUGUGUUUUGUGUCAGGACAUCCUGAAGGAUCCAGUCUCUACCAGCUGUGGACACUGGUUCUGCAGACAGUGCAUCACCUCACACUGGGACCAGUCUGCUUCAUCAGGAAACUUCUCCUGUCCUCAGUGUGGGAAAAGAUCCAGAACAAGAGCUGGACUGCAGACAGCCAGUCAGACCAUCACUGCACAAAGAGAUAGUGGUCUGCAGGAGGUUUUAGAUGAACAUAAGAUUAGUCUGAGGAGGAGAUGUGAACAUGUGACUGAAGGAAGUGAUGAAACAGGAAGUGAAACCCUCCUCAACAGGAUCUACACUGAGCUCUACAUCACAGAGGGACAGAGUGAAGAGGUUAAUACCCAACAUGAGGUGACACAGCUUGAGACAGCUUCCAAGAAGAAGAUCCUCCAUGACACUCCAAUCGAGUGUCACGAAAUCUUUAAAGCUUUACCUGACCAACAGAAACACAUCAGAGUCGUUCUUAUGAAUGGCGUCGCUGGCAUUGGAAAAACCUUCUUGGUGCAAAAGUUCACUCUGGACUGGGCAGAGGGUUUGGAAAACCAAGAUGUCAGUCUGGUGAUUCUGCUUUCGUUCAGGGAGCUGAACUUGAUCAAAGAUGAGCAGUACAGUCUUCUCACUCUGCUCCAUGUUUUCCAUCCAACAUUACAGAAGGUCACAGCAGAGGAGCUCGCUGUCUGUAAAGUUCUGUUCAUCUUUGACGGCCUGGAUGAAAGCAGACUGGCACUGGAUUUCCACAACAAUGAGGUUGUGACUGAUGUCACACAGAAGUCAUCAGUCAACAUGCUGCUGACAAACCUCAUCAAGGGGAAGCUGCUUCCCUUGGCUCUCAUCUGGAUAACUUCCCGACCUGCAGCAGCCAAUCAGAUCCCUCCUGCAUGUGUUGACAGGGUAACAGAAGUACGAGGCUUCACUGAUGCCCACAAGGAGGAGUACUUCAGGAGGAGAGUCAGUGAUGAAGAGCUGUCCAGCAGAAUGAUCUCCCACAUCAAGACAUCCAGGAGCCUCCACAUCAUGUGUCUAAUCCCAGUCUUCUGCUGGAUCACUGCUACAGUUCUGGAUCACAUGUUGACUACAGAGCAGAGAGGAGAGCUGCCCAAGACCCUGACUGACCUGUACUCGCACUUCCUGCUGGUUCAGACAAAGAGGAAGAAGCAGAAAUAUGAUGAGGGACAUGAGACGAGUCCACAGGAGCUGACGGAGACUGACAGAGAAGUCCUACUGAAGCUGGGGAGGCUGGCAUUUGAACAUCUGGAGAAAGGAAACAUGUUUUACCAAGAAGACCUGGAGCACUGUGGUCUUGAUGUCACAGAGGCCUCGGUGUUCUCAGGAGUUUGUACAGAGAUCUUCAAAAGAGAGAGUGUGAUUUUCCAGAAAACAGUUUACUGCUUCGUUCAUCUGAGCAUUCAGGAGUUUCUGGCUGCUGUCUACCUGUUCCACUGUUUCACCAACAGGAAGACAGAGGUACUGGAGAACUUCCUGGGGAAAGACUGGGAUAAUUACAGAUUCCUGGAUGUCGUCCUGGAGAAAUAUGGGGAUAAAUACAGACCCCUGAAGGACUUCCUGGGGAAAGACCGGGAUAAAAACAGAUCCCUCGAUGUGUUUCUGAAGACAGCCAUGGAGAAAUCCCUCCAAAGUGAAAAUGGUCACCUAGACCUGUUUGUCCGUUUCCUUCAUGGCCUGUCUCUGGAGUCCAACCAGAGACUAUUGGGAGGCCUGCUGGGUCGUACAGACAACAGUCCAGAAAUCAUCCGGAGAGCCAUCAAAAACCUGAAGAAGAUGAGCAGUGAUGAGAUCUCUCCUGACAGAAGCAUCAACAUCUUCCACUGUCUGCUGGAGAUGAACGACCACUCAAUACAUCAGGAGAUCCAAGAGUUCCUGAAGUCAGAGAACAGACCAGAGAAGAAACUCUCUGAGAUCCACUGCUCAGCUCUGGCCUACAUGCUACAGAUGUCAGAGGAGGUUCUGGAUGAGCUGAACCUGAGGAAAUACAACACAACAGAGGAGGGACGACUGAGACUGAUUCCAGCUGUGAGGAACUGCAGAAAGGCUGUACUUUCUGGCUGUGGAAUCCCAGAGACUCACUGUGGAGUCAUGGCCUCAGCUCUUAAGUCCAACCCCUCCCAUCUGAGAGAGCUGCACCUGAGUUUUAACUACUAUCUGCAGGAUUCAGGAGUGAAGCAGUUGUGUGCUGGACUGGAGAGUCCAAACUGUAGACUGGAGACUCUGAGGUUGAGGGACUGCAGGUUGUCAGAGAUCAGCUGUGUUUCUCUGGCCUCAGCUCUGAAGUCCAACUCCUCCCAUCUGAGAGAGCUGGAGCUGAGUCACAAUGAGCUGCAGGAUUCAGGAGUGCAGCUGCUGUGUGAUUUUCUGGAGAGCCCACACUGUAGACUGGAGACUCUGAGAUUGAGUUCCUGCAGGUUGUCAGAGAUCAGCUGUGUUUCUCUGGCCUCAGCUCUGAAGUCCAACCCCUCCCAUCUGAGAGAGCUGGAGCUGAGUAACAACAACCUGCAGGACUCAGGAGUGAAGCAGCUGAGUGCUGGACUGGAGAGUCCAAACUGUAGACUGGAGACUCUGAGAUUGAGUUCCUGCAGGUUGUCAGAGAUCAGCUGUGUUUCUUUGGCCUCAGCUCUGAAGUCCAACCCCUCCCAUCUGAGAGAGCUGGAGCUGAGCAACAACGACCUGCAGGAUUCAGAUGUGAUACUGCUGUCUGAUCUUGAGAGGAGUCCACACUGUAAACUGGAGACUCUGAGCUGGAGGUGGUGAUCUCAGAGUGUCAGAGUGAGUGAUCAGCAAGGUGGAUGUGUUGAGAGGAUCAGCUGUGUCCUGAUGAUCCAGAGAGGUUGAAGCAGCAGCAUCAGCUUGUGAAUGGAGAGACACUGACUGGACCAUGUUACUGGGAGGUGGAGUGGAGAGCAGAGCUUCAUCCAGCAGUGACUAACAGAAGAAUCACAAGAGGUGGAGAUGACUCUCAUCAUCAGCUCCACUGUCAAGUUCACCAUCAUCCCUUUGUGUUCCUCUGGAUCUGACCGAGUAUCAUCAUCAGUGUAUCACUGAUUGCUCUGUUCUUCUCCUCCACUCCUUCUGCUCCGCACUCAGCCACCUCCUCCACCCUCCACCUGGACGUGAGUCUGGAUUUUGUAGAUAGAUAUGCUGAAUCUCUGCAGAUUUCUACUGUUUAUGACAACAUCACAGUAAAUUUACAGUCAGUUAAACUGCACUCAGGCUGCUCAUAUUACAGUGAAAUAGUCCUGUGAUUGUCUCUGUAUUGUUUUGUGUUGCACCUCCACACUGUGGAAUGAUGGAGAACUGCUGUUCAUGUUCACAUGAUCCUGUAUGUUGGAGGUUGAUGUCAGGAUGCAGAAGUCUGCAACUACAUUUAAUCAUUUUUAUCACUGAGAUUAUAUUUCUGUAUAUAUGGUCUUUUUGCUUCUGCAUAUGUAUGUUCCUAUUUUAUCUGAAUAAUAUAUUCUGUAGCAGAGUGCAUCAAUUUUUGAGCCAUGGUGGUUUUAUAUUUGUAAAACUUCCUUUAAAAAUCUGUGACGACAUCACAGUGUAAAGUCAGUGAGCUAAGAAGGAACUUGAGGGCGGGGCCAGUAAGAGAAACAUUACAAGGCGUAUUCAGUGGGCCACAUCCCGUGGGAAGUUAAGACCUUUUUUGGUGUAUGCGCCAGGCAAGCAGAUCCAUUGGAAUUAAAAGGCACCAUCUUGGCAUAUGACUGCUAGUUAUUAAAAUCUGUGCAGCAACCUCAAGUGAGUCAGUAUCAUAAACUAUAUAUAAAGAUGAAUGACAUGACUCCACUUUCCCCCACUGUACAAAAAUGAAGCCAAAAUAUCCUGGAUAUAACUGCUGCCAUUUUGCUCUGGUGACAUCAUUUAGAGCUAAAGUCAAGCAGUAGUGAUCUCCACCAGUGGUGACUUCCCACCCACACACCCAUCUGACAGAUAGUGAGCAGCACAAUAGAUAGCGAGCACACCGAUUUGCACACACAGCUGUCAGUCAUGUCCUCAAUUCCACGUAUAUUUAACAUCAUGUUACUAGUUAUAACCAAGCUUAUUAGAAAAAACACUUGAACACACAGCAGCGUGAUAAGAACUACCUAAAAUAAUAGGAACCAGACUGUUUAUUUUGGCCCAUGUCCUAUCCACGAACAUGGAGGGGGCAGGGUUACGUAUACAGCAGCCAGCCACUGGGGAUGAGAUGUUUUGGCUUCACUUCUGGGGAGCUGUCACAUUGUCCAUCUUUAUACAGUCUAUGGUAAGUAUAGCUGGGGCGGGAGCAGCUACGUAACUUGCCCACCAUCAGUCUACAAUCAGUCCCCUUUGCCCCUUGGUCUGGAAAUGGAACCCCUAAAGAAAAUAGUGAGUUAGAAUUUAGCUAGCUGUGAAGAAUUUGGUUAAAAGAGAGGCGGUUAGGGUAAGGGUAUUGGUGAGGGGUACAUUCCGGUACUUAUAGUGGAGUAUAGCUGCUUUUGGCCUUAUAUUCAUUUUCUACAAUGUCACGUUGUAGCAGGGUUCAGAUAGCUGUCGUGUUGGUGGAUUCGUCUUAUGCAAGUGGUGGGUGCGGUCUGUAGGUGCAUGUCAUGUAGGCUCCAAAUGAGAUGUGGCUGCAGUUAUACAUGUCUCACCUCAAGACCCCAGGAACGCCAUCCAGCAUUGCAGCCAGUUUUUUUUUUUUACAGUGGCCACUUGAGGUAUUGCAACAAAACAUCCCCUGCAGCCCAAAAAACAUUUUCCCCACAGAUAAUUACUUCUCUCUUUAUUGAAACUUUCAUAUUCGUGACAACAGAUAAAGCUGUGACAGUACUGUUAGACAGUAUUUAUUAUGAAAGUACUAAAUAAUACCACAGGAACGAAAAUAACAAUAAACAAACAAAAUAAAGUCAGGCUUGGUAACUUAAUAUUGCAUUUAAUCGACUUGCAUGGACUCUCUGGUGAUACUGACUGUGGCAAAGGUGAUGGUGGUGAUGACGAUGAUGACGAUGAAGAUGAAAAUGAUGAUGAUUUUUCUGUAUUCAUUUUUUAUUUUACCAAGGUUAUGAUGAUGUCAUCUUUAAUGUCAAUUAUUGUUGUUGAGCAUAUCAAACAAACAAAUAUGUUUAUUUUAUGUUUUUUGUUUUGUUUUGUUUUGGUUUGGUUUUUUUGCCAGAGACAAAGACUCUAGCCUAAGUUGUACUUAAUUUUCCUUUUGAUAAAAUGCACCAUAUAUGAAGAAAUUAGAAGUGAAAUAUCCUGAGAAUAGUAACCCUUCUCCCUAUCCUUUCACUGUGCAUGUAGCCUGAAUCCAACAAGCUAAAUGUAUCACGCAUCUGCACCUAGUAAUGUCUGUCUAAAUUACACCAACAUGGCAAUC